AUGUACGCGACCCGCCUGCAGCACCUCUGCAGCAAAUAUAGCCACCAGUCUCCUAAUCCUAAAAAGGUGUCGGCUACCCGUCAACCACCGGCCAUAAACGCUGGUCCAUCUGGUCUUUACGAUAACUAUCAACGCAAAAAGGACCAAGAGCUGAUAGAGGAGGCGACCUUCAUGAACACUGGGCUGCUUCCCAAGGCUGUUAAUAAGCUUUCUUCUGGGUAUGCCCAUAGACACCAGAAAACAGAAUCUGCAAGCCCUUCAAAAGGCAAGUCGGCUACCGACCUACUGACUAAAACCGUAGCAUGUAGAGCAGAGCCACUCAUGAAAAACCAGCUGGCUUCUGACUCACGACCACUUACUCGAUCACUGCAGCUUGAUUCUCAGUCGUCUCUAAAGUUGUCUACGCACUCUCAUGUGCAGUUGCCGUACAAGGAGUUGGACAGGCUGGCUACAUCUCGGGCGGAAGAGAUAGAAAUAGACUCUAUCAAGAUAGAACAGCUCUAUUCCGCCAGAGUCACAAAGCUCGCACUGUCUCACAGAAGCCGUCUAGACAUCCUAUUAUAG